AUGCUUUUCCUGCUGUUCUCAUGUGCUUUGCUGUUCUCGAGCGGGUCGACGGCGCCCGCCGUCAAAAGUGAGUUGAGCACAAAAGAAAGUACUGUAAGAUUGUAAUUUGUUCAGAAGAAGUUGUUCCGCCCAACGGAACGUGUCUUUAUGAUGGAUUGACGAUGGCGGAACUGGGCAGUGACUCCGCCUACUUUGUGUGUUGCGCAAGGAUUUGGCUCAUCAAGUAUUGUGCUCAAGGAGAGGUUUUCGAUAAAUUUGUGAGAUUUCUGGAUACCUGAAUAGUCUAGACUCUCUCUGUUUUCCAGAACCUGACCUGUGUUCCCUCCGCCAAUCCUCCUUCUUCGUGUCCGUUCGGAGCCAUGCGUCCCAGUCCCAACGGCGAUCCCCGCGCGUUUUUGAUAUGUGACGGACACGAAUGGGUGCUCGAAUACUGUCUUCAGGGCCUCGUUUAUAACCCAAACACCCAAACGUGUGUCCCGGAAUACAGUACCGAGAGGCCGAGUACCCCUCAACCGUCCACAAAGAGACCAACCACUGAGAACCGUCCGUUCUACGACGGACCGUGCCAGGAAUCGGCCGGAGCCGACGGCUUUCGACCGAAUCCCGCCGACUGCAGAACCUAUUUCCAGUGUGUUCACAGUAAGUCAGAUUUAACGGAAACUGAGACUAUGAACUAUUUUGCAGGUCAAUGGAUGCUCCGUGACUGCGGGCCGGGUACUCAGUGGAGACAGUCGAUUCUCGGAUGCGAUUAUUUCUAUGGAGUGUGCUCAUUCUCCUAA